AUUUAAUUGUCAAUUAUUCGAUUGCCCUUGUCCUUUCAAUCAACAUUAAAAGCACAGAGGACCGUUCUACAUGCAUCUGGGUGAAGAUUUGCCUCACUUCCACUGGCUCCUUUGUGGGCUUCUUUCUAUGGCCAAAUAAGUAAAUAAUUGCAGUAAUAUCCUUUCUGGAGCGGCCAGGAAGAAGUGGCAAAAAGGGAACGGAAAAGAAUGGAGAAGAAUGGCGAGCGAAAUGAAAGAAUGCGAGAAUGGAGAGCGGGGCAAGAGAAUGGAAAGCGUGUUUCCAUGUCCUUUUCACAAACUAAAAAGUCCUUUCACACACACACAUAGUACUGACUACAGAGUACACAUAGAGAACGGUAUAUAGCAGAACACAGACACCCACAAUGGACAAAAAUUCACACCAAAGACCCAUUGUGAUUGGCCCAACAAACACGCACACACAUACGCGGGGAGAGAGUUGUGUUCUCUCCCUCUCUCGUUCUAACUGCAUAGGAGAUGCGGAAGUGCAACGCCGCCGUGCAAACAAUAACGGAAAUUGUGUGCCCACUGUGCGAAAAUCAAUGUGCUCCCGCGCUCGCCCUGGCUCUCUUUCUCUCUCUCGCUCCGUACUUUGAGCUCCCCCUGCCCCACAGGAUUGGGGUCGCUAAAUCGAAUAACACGAAGCACAGCCGAACGAGAGCUGCCUGGCUUUUGGCUCUAUUGAGCUCCUCUAUUGAACACACCCCUCAAUGGGCGAACAACUAUAACCGAUAUAAAGGAGCCAAUGGAACAAAGCCAGUGGAACAAUGGGCCGCAAAACGAAAGAGAGAAGACGCUAUGUGUGAGUGAGAGCGCGACGACGGCGCAGCUCUCUCCCAGGUAAGAAGCCCAGCCUCUAUCCCGCUCGCACCCACGUGGCUUACGUAAAGGUAAUGGUGCGAGGGUUGCUCGCACUUCGUGCUCAACUCUCUUCCGAGAGAAACGGGAUUUGGCUGCAGUCGUGUAGGCCGCACUGGAACACUACUGAAAUCAGUCACAAAAAAGCAGUCGAUCCGAGCAGAAGCAAAGCAAGAGCAAAGCAGAAGCAAAAGCAAGACAGUAAUUGACAUAGAGACAAAGAAAAAAUCUGAGAAAUCACAGUUGAACCACAGACAUAUUGUGUUCUAGAAAGUGAAGUGUUGAUCUUGAAAGAAGCAAAAGUUAAACAAAGUGUUCAAAAUAGCUGGAAUGGCCACCUUAUCGACACACCCCAAUUACGGUUUCCAUUUGGGUCAGGCCCAAGGCUUGGAGGACUACGCACCGCAAAGUCAGCUCCAGCUGAGUCCCGGCAUGGACAUGGAUAUCAAGCGUGUGCUGCACUACUCCCAAAGCCUGGCAGCCAUGGGCGGAUCGCCCAAUGGACCCGCCGGCCAGGGUGUGAACGGAUCCUCGGGCAUGGGUCACCACAUGUCCAGUCACAUGACCCCGCACCACAUGCACCAGGCGGUCUCCGCCCAACAGACCUUGUCGCCCAACAGUUCCAUCGGAUCCGCCGGCAGUCUGGGUAGCCAGAGCAGCCUGGGCAGCAAUGGCAGUGGUCUCAACUCCAGUUCGGGUCACCAGUCCGCCGGCAUGCACAGUUUGGCCACAUCGCCGGGACAAGAGGGUCACAUCAAGCGUCCAAUGAACGCGUUCAUGGUCUGGUCCCGCCUGCAGCGUCGUCAGAUCGCCAAGGAUAACCCCAAGAUGCACAACUCUGAGAUCUCCAAGCGCCUGGGUGCCGAGUGGAAGUUGCUGGCCGAGUCGGAGAAACGACCAUUCAUCGAUGAGGCCAAGCGCUUGAGGGCCCUGCACAUGAAGGAGCACCCGGACUACAAGUACCGGCCACGCCGCAAGCCCAAGAACCCACUGACCGCUGGACCCCAGGGUGGACUGCAGAUGCAGGCCGGCGGCAUGGGUCAACAGAAGUUGGGAGCUGGACCGGGAGCUGGAGCCGGAGGCUACAAUCCAUUCCAUCAACUACCGCCAUACUUUGCACCCUCACACCAUCUGGAUCAGGGUUAUCCAGUGCCGUACUUCGGUGGAUUUGACCCACUGGCUCUAUCGAAAUUGCAUCAAUCCCAGGCAGCGGCGGCGGCGGCGGUCAACAAUCAGGGUCAGCAGCAAGGACAAGCCCCGCCCCAAUUGCCGCCCACCUCGCUGAGCAGCUUCUACUCGGGCAUUUAUUCCGGCAUCUCGGCACCUUCGCUGUACGCCGCACACUCCGCCAAUGCCGCCGGACUCUACCCAUCCUCGUCCACCUCCUCGCCGGGAUCUUCGCCCGGAACCAUCACGCCAAAUGGUAUGGAUGGUUCCAUGGACAGUGCCCUGAGGCGACCGGUUCCGGUGCUCUAUUAGAGUCGAGUUUUAGGUUAGAGUACAGAGUAGAGUACAAUUGUUGACGCAUUCCCAAAGUGAUCCACUGGUUUUAAAUCUUCAAAAGCUCUAAGUAAGCCAAUCCUCCAAACCACUCCGCUUAAUUCUAGUACAAUCUUCGCGCACUUCAGAUCUAGAGAGUAAGGAGGGAACACACAAAACAUUCCUAGCCAAUACACAAACUAUAAAUUAUAAUUUAUUUAGCGCACUCACUAUACCGCAAAGAAAAUUAAAAAAGAUAAACCUAAUUGUAAAUUAAUUUUAUUUAGUUUUAAGCAUCGAGCGAGCGCCUCCUUCUUGUUGUUUUUUUUCGCAUCAGCACCUACCUAAAAUGUAGCUUAUAGUUUUAAUUGUCUAACCCUCUCAAAUUGUAAAUAUCCCUGCAACUAUUCGUUAAAGUCUCAGUGUAGCCCCAAAUGCGAGGAAAGAACGUACAUCAAUGUAUUAUUGUAUUAUUAAUUGUAUUGUAAAAGUUAUCAUCUAAGCGAAUAAUGGUUCAUGAAGGCCAACACAAAACAAAGACAUUUAAAAGUGAAUAAAAACAAAAUGAUUUGAGAAAACC